UCCACACCACCCACCCCUACACAUCACCCCAAAAUCCUAACCACCACAACCCCCUCCACCACGACAGAAUCCACUGCGCCUAGCACACCAACCCCGACAACCACAACAGGACCCGUGCCCCCCACCACACCCUCUCCUCCGACGCCGUCCACGACAACCACCACCACCUCGCCCACAACCGUUACCUCCACUUCAACCAGCACUCCAGUACCCACUGCCACAACUCUCACCACUGCUCCACCUACCAGCACAGAAACGCCCAGCACAACUCCUGCAACCACCACCGUCCCAGUUACCACGGAAACACCGAAAAGCACCACUUCUGUUCCACCACCGGUGCCUACAGUCACCACACCUUCGACAACCAGACCGCCAAGCAGCACUCCGAAAACCACGCCAACCACGUCUCCCUCCACCACAUCCAGAACCACUGCGUCAACUCAGACGGCAACCACCAACACGCCAAAGACCACUGCAACAGCCUCCACAAUCUCCACACCACCCACCCCUACGCAUCAUCCCAAAAUCCUAACCACCACAACCCCCUCCACCACAACAGAAUCCACUGCGCCUAGCACACCAACCCCGACAACCACAACAGGACCCGUGCCCCCCACCACACCCUCUCCUCCGACGCCGUCCACGACAACCACCACCACCUCGCCCACAACCGUUACCUCCACUUCAACCAGCACUCCAGUACCCACUGCCACAACUCUCACCACUGCUCCACCUACCAGCACAGAAACGCCCAGCACAACUCCUGCAACCACCACCGUCCCAGUUACCACGGUCACCACACCUUCAACAACCAGACCGCCAAGCAGCACUCCGAAAACCACGGCAACCACGUCUCCCUCCACCACAUCCAGAACCACUGCAUCAACUCAGACGGCAACCACCAACACGCCAAAGACCACUGCAACGGCCUCCACAAUCUCCACACCACCCACCCCUACACAUCACCCCAAAAUCCUAACCACCACAACCCCCUCCACCACGACAGAAUCCACUGCGCCUAGCACACCAACCCCGACAACCACAACAGGACCCGUGCCCCCCACCACACCCUCUCCUCCGACGCCGUCCACGACAACCACCACCACCUCGCCCACAACCGUUACCUCCACUUCAACCAGCACUCCAGUACCCACUGCCACAACUCUCACCACUGCUCCACCUACCAGCACAGAAACGCCCAGCACAACUCCUGCAACCACCACCGUCCCAGUUACCACGGGUAAGUCUCCUUGGCCGCUCUGCAGCAGCUUACAAGUCUUUCAGGACCCCUCUCUUCCCGUGACCUUGCUCUUUUGCGUUCCAGAAACACCGAAAAGCACCACUUCUGUUCCACCACCGGUGCCUACAGUCACCACACCUUCGACAACCAGACCGCCAAGCAGCACUCCGAAAACCACGCCAACCACGUCUCCCUCCACCACAUCCAGAACCACUGCGUCAACUCAGACGGCAACCACCAACACGCCAAAGACCACUGCAACAGCCUCCACAAUCUCCACACCACCCACCCCUACGCAUCAUCCCAAAAUCCUAACCACCACAACCCCCUCCACCACAACAGAAUCCACUGCGCCUAGCACACCAACCCCGACAACCACAACAGGACCCGUGCCCCCCACCACACCCUCUCCUCCGACGCCGUCCACGACAACCACCACCACCUCGCCCACAACCGUUACCUCCACUUCAACCAGCACUCCAGUACCCACUGCCACAACUCUCACCACUGCUCCACCUACCAGCACAGAAACGCCCAGCACAACUCCUGCAACCACCACCAUCCCAGUUACCACGGGAACCUGUUCCUCAUGUCCUCGUCUGGUGCCCUGGGCAACCCAAACUCCCAGCCGUGACGGGAGCCCGCCUUUCCCCUCUCCCAACGCCACCUAUGUGACCUUGCUCUUUUGCGUUCCAGAAACACCGAAAAGCACCACUUCUGUUCCACCACCGGUGCCUACAGUCACCACACCUUCGACAACCAGACCGCCAAGCAGCACUCCGAAAACCACGGCAACCACGUCUCCCUCCACCACAUCCAGAACCACUGCAUCAACUCAGACGGCAACCACCAACACGCCAAAGACCACUGCAACAGCCUCCACAAUCUCCACACCACCCACCCCUACACAUCACCCCAAAAUCCUAACCACCACAACCCCCUCCACCACGACAGAAUCCACUGCGCCUAGCACACCAACCCCGACAACCACAACAGGACCCGUGCCCCCCACCACACCCUCUCCUCUGACGCCGUCCACGACAACCACCACCACCUCGCCCACAACCGUUACCUCCACUUCAACCAGCACUCCAGUACCCACUGCCACAACUCUCACCACUGCUCCACCUACCAGCACAGAAACGCCCAGCACAACUCCUGCAACCACCACCGUCCCGGUUACCACGAGUAAGUCUCCUUGGCCGCUCUGCAGCAGCUUACAAGUCUUUCAGGACCCCUCUCUUCCCGUGACCUUGCUCUUUUGCGUUCCAGAAACACCGAAAAGCACCACUUCUGUUCCACCACCGGUGCCUACAGUCACCACACCUUCGACAACCAGACCGCCAAGCAGCACUCCGAAAACCACGCCAACCACGUCUCCCUCCACCACAUCCAGAACCACUACGUCAACUCAGACGGCAACCACCAACACGCCAAAGACCACUGCAACAGCCUCCACAAUCUCCACACCACCCACCCCUACACAUCACCCCAAAAUCCUAACCACCACAACCCCCUCCACCACGACAGAAUCCACUGCGCCUAGCACACCAACCCCGACAACCACAACAGGACCCGUGCCCCCCACCACACCCUCUCCUCCGGCGCCGUCCACGACAACCACCACCACCUCGCCCACAACCGUUACCUCCACUUCCACCAGCACUCCAGUACCCACUGCCACAACUCUCACCACUGCUCCCCCUACCAGCACAGAAACGCCCAGCACAACUCCUGCAACCACCACCGUCCCAGUUACCACGGAAACACCGAAAAGCACCACUUCUGUUCCACCACCGGUGCCUACAGUCACCACACCUUCGACAACCAGACCGCCAAGCAGCACUCCGAAAACCACGGCAACCACGUCUCCCUCCACCACAUCCAGAACCACUGCAUCAACUCAGACGGCAACCACCAACACGCCAAAGACCACUGCAACAGCCUCCACAAUCUCCACACCACCCACCCCUACGCAUCACCCCAAAAUCCUAACCACCACAACCCCCUCCACCACGACAGAAUCCACUGCGCCUAGCACACCAACCCCGACAACCACAACAGGACCCGUGCCCCCCACCACACCCUCUCCUCCGACGGCGUCCACGACAACCACCACCACCUCGCCCACAACCGUUACCUCCACUUCAACCAGCACUCCAGUACCCACUGCCACAACUCUCACCACUGCUCCACCUACCAGCACAGAAACGCCCAGCACAACUCCUGCAACCACCACCGUCCCAGUUACCACGGGUAAGUCUCCUUGGCCGCUCUGCAGCAGCUUACAAGUCUUUCAGGACCCCUCUCUUCCCGUGACCUUGCUCUUUUGCGUUCCAGAAACACCGAAAAGCACCACUUCUGUUCCACCACCGGUGCCUACAGUCACCACACCUUCGACAACCAGACCGCCAAGCAGCACUCCGAAAACCACGGCAACCACGUCUCCCUCCACCACAUCCAGAACCACUGCAUCAACUCAGACGGCAACCACCAACACGCCAAAGACCACUGCAACAGCCUCCACAAUCUCCACACCACCCACCCCUACACAUCACCCCAAAAUCCUAACCACCACAACCCCCUCCACCACGACAGAAUCCACUGCGCCUAGCACACCAACCCUGACAACCACAACAGGACCCGUGCCCCCCACCACACCCUCUCCUCUGACGCCGUCCACGACAACCACCACCACCUCGCCCACAACCGUUACCUCCACUUCAACCAGCACUCCAGUACCCACUGCCACAACUCUCACCACUGCUCCACCUACCAGCACAGAAACGCCCAGCACAACUCCUGCAACCACCACCGUCCCAGUUACCACGGGUAAGUCUCCUUGGCCGCUCUGCAGCAGCUUACAAGUCUUUCAGGACCCCUCUCUUCCUGUAGCGAUCCAAGGGGCAGAGGGAUUCCCACCUCCAGGUCCCACGUAA